AUGCAAACAGAACAGCUCUUAGGCCUCACCCUCAUUCCGGUACCGUUCUCCUCCUUUUCCCCUUUUCCCUACAACUGUGUGUUCAGGUGGCUCUUCUAGGAUUCGCCUUCAAUUUGGCCAUAUUCAUCGUGGCAUUCCGUUCCAAGUCUCUCAGCCAGUCCUUUGCGGUUCUCGUUGCCACGAUGGCCGCCGCGGAUGGAAUUGUCUGCGGCCUUUUUCUGUUUUAUGCCUGUCCCAUGAUUGUUUUGUAAGUGAGCCGACAAUAUUUUCGCACUCGAACGUCUCUCUCUCAGGAAUCUAACACUUCUGAAGGAGAACUCCCAUCACUGCGGGUUCGUACUAAUGCUGGCCUACGAUCUCUCCAUCAACAUCCACGUUGUGAUUGUCGUCAACCGAUUUCUGGCAGUUUUCACUCCGAUUACCUACAAAAAAGUGUUUGGGUAAAUGGCUGAAAACAAAAAAGGCAUAGACAAGAGCAAAAUUCAGAACACAAACCACAAAGUUGAUCGUUUUCCUAACCGCUGCUCUCACAUUCGCCAUAAUCGGCACCUUCUUCCAAAUUUGUAAGUUGCCGAACAUUUGGUGGUCACCGUUUCAUAAUCUUUCCCGCAGUUGGAUGUCAACUAUACUAUGACACCGAGUACUGGAUGUUCUUCUUUUCGUACACAAAAAUAUGCGUCUGGUACGCGACCAAUCUGGGCGAUCGAAAGAUGUUCGCGUCUGCCGUGCUCACGAUGGUUCUCAAUGCGAUUAUCAUUGUGAAACUGCACAGAUCGCGAAAGAAGGUUUAUUGUUUGGUGGAAGAAACAUUCAUUUGAGUGGCGUUUCAGGUAAAUCACGGUCAAAUGUCCGUUGGUUACCGGAAAAAAGAGCUGGACUUUCUGAAGCAGACAAUAGGCCAAGGCACUUAUCUAUUCGUCUUUUCUAUCAUCUUCCUGUACGUAUCAUCUCUCACCAGCAACAAAAUACUCGGGUUCAUCAUUGGAUCGGACAUCUGGUGCAGUCUGCACACUCUCGACGGGUACGAAUACUUUUAA